UUUCUUCGCUCGGACAAGUAUAAAAUUUCGAUGAUUGAAAACAAGUUUGUGAGUAUUUGUCGUUGACGCCCUAAUUGCUGAAAGUUGAGUCAAGUCGAAGAUAGCAAAUAUCAGUAGCUAUAAUAAUCUCGAUCGAGGAGAGUAGAAUUAUUAAAUCCAGGGUGAAUCAGGCUUGUUGAAUUCAUUAAUUCGUAAGCCGGAAUAUAGUCGAAUUAGUGAGCAAAAGUGUGUUUGCCAAUGUGUUGUUUCUGUACGCUUGGCCGAAUUGGAUAGAACAAGAUAUAAAAAUUUUUAUCUUUUUUUCUCUUCUCUUUCUCUGAGAGUCGAGUAGCUAACACGAAUGCGAAUGUGAUAUUGAAAUCUGUGAAUUAUCUUUUGCAAGUAUGUCGGGAACACUGAAGCCCUAUUUGACAGCAGUUAGGCGUACGCUUACUGCCGCUAUGUGCCUAGAGAAUUUCUCUUCUCAAAUUGUGGAGAAACAUAACAAGCCCGAAGUAGAAGUAAGGGCCAGCAAAGAACUGCUUUUAACACCCAUCUUGAUAAGUAGAAAUGAUAAGGAGAAAGUCUUGAUUGAAUCCAGUAUAAAUAGUAUGAGAAUAAGUAUUGCUGUGAAACAAGCUGAUGAUCUAGAAAAGAUUCUUUGUCACAAUUUUACAAGAUUCAUGACAAUGAGAGCCGAGCAUUUUAUGAUUCUCAGAAGAAAACCAGUAGAGGGCUAUGAUAUUAGCUUUUUAAUUACUAAUAUUCACGUAGAACAAAUGUACAAACACAAAAUAGUAGAUUUUGUUAUUCACUUUAUGGAAGAAAUUGAUAGAGAAAUCAGUGAAAUGAAAUUAUCAGUUAAUGCCAGAGCACGCAUAUGUGCAGAAGAAUUCCUAAAAAGGUUUUAAUUCAUUUAAGUAUUAUCGAUUAUUAUUACCAACGUAUCUAUUGGAAGAGUCAUGGGAUAUUCAGCGAUGGUAUUGUCCAAUAGAUUAUUGUACAACUUUUAAUAACUCGGACAAAAUUAAGAGACAUUUUUAUAAAGUAUCUAGUGAUGUGUUUUUAUCCACAUGCCACUUAAAUUGAUCGAUAUUAAAUGGAUUGGUGUAUAAAUCAAUGUUAAUUUGCUUUAAAUAUUGUUAUAUGAAAAUACAAGGAGAGCAAAAAAAUGGGAAAAUUUAAAAAGAUAAAAUAAGAGCUUAGAAGCUUUAAUUAGUUUUAAUACAUCAAAAUGUAGUACAUAAUGUACUAUUUACAAAUUACUUUUUUUAUAUACUUGGCAUUGUUUAAUAAUUAUUACAUCUUGUAAAUGACAUCCUUUAAAUGAUCACUUUUUGAGUGCUUGCAUUUUUAUAAUCUCUCUGAAGUAAUUUUUUGCAAUAUUUCAACUAUGAGAUUUGCAAUUUCUUCACGAAUAUUUAAUGUUUUAAAUUCAUCAAUAUUUCGAAGCAGCUUAAGGAGUAAUUUAAAUUAUCAAGAUGUAAUCAUUUAAAUUUUAAAAGAUUUUCAAGCUGUAAUAAUUAUCAAGCGGUGCGAUAGCCUUGCAAUGCCAAGUACAUAAAAAGGAUAAUUUGUAAAUAGCAUAUUAUGUACUAUAUUUUGAUAUAAUUAAAAUUAAAUGAAAUUUCUAAAUUUGUUUUUGCUCGUUUAAAUUUUCCCGUUUUUUUGGUUCACCCUGUAUCAGCAAUAUUAAAAAUGAGAGUAUCGCUGUUUAAACUUGUGAAGAAUUUUUUUUAGACAUUUGUUUAGUGAAGCUCAUAUAUAAGUUUGAAACUAAUCAUUCGCAUUCAAUAAAUUGUGAAAAAAAUGAUAAUAAUUCGAUAAUGUAUUAUAACAAUAAAUAGUUCUAAAUAAACUUACUAGCUCGAGUUAAAAAA